AUGUUCUAUAGCGCCGACAUCCUCUCGGCACCCAAGCGCGGCCUCGGCAUCGUCUGGCUGGCUGCGACGCUGGGCGCCAAGAGCACGGUGCGCAAGCUCUCGAAGCGCGACAUCGCCGCGUGCGACAUUACAAAGACGUGCGACAGCGUCAAGGACCCGUCUGAGCCCAUGGCGCUGCGGCUGUCCAGCCAGCUGCUCUACGGCGUCGUGCGCAUCUACGUGCAGCAGGCAGAGGCGUGGAUGGGCGACGUGACGAAUACGCACGCUGCUCUUCGUCGAGCUCUCACCUUCAUGUCAGCUGCCGCAGCAGCGCCUGGCGUCGUGGCCGCUCGCGGCGCACUCGACAUGCCUGUCGUUCGACGUACCGGCGGCGGCACCGACGCCAUCACGCUCUCGGCCAACACCGCCUUCUUCGCCGGCGACUUUGACAUUGACUGGGCGUGGGAGGGCGACGUUGUGGCCGACGAGAGCUCGGGCAUCGGCUCGGCGUUCCUCGCUGGCGCCACGAGUGCCGGCAUGCCCUCGGCGCGCGGCUCUGAAGCGGCGCCGUCGCCGAGACGCAGACACACCACGGACAAGGAGAACAUCACGCUGCGACGCGAGCGCUUCGGCGACUUUGAGGGCGAUGCUGAUGGCUCUGAACUCGGACUGGGCCCGCGCGAGAGCAUGCAGGACGACCGCUUUAACCUUGGCGACGACGACCUGCAGCUUGACCUCGGCCUCGAGGAUGCGCUGCCUCCUGCGCCGCUCGAGCAGGGCAUCGAGGAGGAGGGCCGGCGUCGUGUGCCGGGACGCGACAGCAGUGCGCUCGGCUUUGGCGAUCUGGGCGGCGACAUGCCGGGGGACGAUGAGAUGCCCGGCGGCGACUUUGGCUUUGGUGACGACGAAGGCUUCGAUUUCGGAUUGCACGACGCACCGCUGGGCGCGACCGAGCCGGCCGCCCACGGCACGCCUUCCCGCUCAUCGCUCAAGCGCACGCCGUCACUCGGACCCGUAGGCGACGACUCUGGCAUCGGCGUUGGCGCUGCGCCAGCCAAGAAGAAGAAGGUGGUCUUCGCGCGCGAGGACACCAGCCUGGUGCUAUCCGACGAAGAGAUGCUGCGCAACCGCAAGGACUACGUCGAGAUCAUGCGUGCUGCUCGCGCCGCCGAGGAGAAGCGCGUGCGCGAGCGGCAGGACGACAUUGCGGCCAAGGGCAUCGUGUUCGGGCCCGGCUCGGACAUCGGCGGUGCGCCGCAGCUGGCGAGCAUCUGGGGCCUCGUCGUCACCGGCCGCGUCAACGAGAUUGAACAAUUCUACGCCAACAUGCGCAUCGGAGGCGCACCCGUCGCUGCCGCGCCCGCAGACAAGGGCGUGCAAGACGCGCCGGCGCCCGAGCGCAUGGACCUCGACGAGCCGGCCAUGGGCAUCGAGUUCCUGGGUCAGGACGACAUGCCGCACAUGGACGACAUGCCCGACCUCAUCGGCUUUGGCGAUGCGCCAGCCGCCGACGUCUCUGGCAGCGACAACGCGCGCGAAGUCGGCCGUGGCAGCGGCAGCGAGGCCACCGUGCGCGCCGCGCUGCCGUGGAACGUCGCCGCGGAGGCCACGCGCACGCUCGAUGACACGGGACUCGGCGACCGUGACAGUCGAGCCGGAGACGGCACGAUGCGUUCCUUUUCGGAGGGCGACAUCACUGGCCUUCGUGGACGCGAGCGCCGCGGCAGCUCCAUGAUCCCCGACAGCCCCGGUGGCCGGCGCGAGAGCGCUGCGCGCGAUGCAUCCGUGCUGCACGAGAGCCGCCGAGACGACCCGACGGGCCUUGAAAGCCAGCUGAUUGCCGAAGCGCUGGAAGGCGAGCAGUUUAACUUCCUAAGUUUCGCUCGCAAGACCGCCGAGGAGGUGGCGCCCGAGCCGCUGUUCUUCAGCGACCUCGUUCCUGUUGCCGACUCGAUGCCGCACGUCGCUGCGCAAGCGUUCUACCAUCUGCUGUCGCUCGCAACCAACGACCGCAUCGCAGUGGCGCAGACGGACGCGUACGGAGAAAUCCUGGUCCAAAUCAAGACCUGA